AGAUCAUGGCAGCCAUGGUUCUGACCAGUCUGUCCUGCAGCCCUGUGGUCCAGAGUUCUCCUCAGAGUCAGAAUGACUCUCUACCAGGUUCAUCAUCAUGGGGCGGAGACAUGGAGUGUGGGGGCGGAGACAUGGAGUGUGGGGGCGGAGACAUGGAGUGUGGGGCGGGGAGCUUUCGGACAGCGGCAGCAGUGGCUACUGGAGCUGGGACCACGGCAACGUUAGUCCCGCUCCGUCCCCUUCUGUCGCCGAGAUGGACAGCCGCCCAGAUGAAGGACUGCAUAUGGAGCUGGGGGGUGAGCUACAUACAGCCGCAAGGUCAAAGAGUUCUUUCAGAGGAACGUACAGAUGUCUGUGGCCUAGCUGUGGCAAGGUGCUCACGUCUUCAGUUGGGAUGAAGAGACAUGUCCGUGUGAUGCACCUGGGCAGUGGAUCAGAGCAGUCCCCAAGAGAGGAGGACUUUUACUACACAAAGAUUUCCUGCGAAGCUCCAGCAGACCCCUCUCUCGUUUCCCCUCUUCCCCCAGACCCCUCUCCCGUCCGCCCUCUUCCCCCAGACCCCUCUCCCGUCUCCCCUCUUCCCCCAGCCCCCCUCCCGGCUUCGUCCCCUCACGUCCCCUGGGCAUCCUGUGGCUCCCCUCUAAGCCCUGAUCCAGAUUCCGGACUCCAGAUCACCUCCUCGGGGUCAGGGAGCUCCAGGCCCAGCUCAGGUCCAGAGUCAGCCCCAUACCAGCACAGACCUCUCAGCCAGUCUGCCCCUAGCUCCUCCUGGCAGAUACAGACAGACCAUCUCUAUCAGGCCUGCACUCCCCUCCAGGUGACCAUGUCCUCCUGCAGCCCCGCCCCCUGUUGUUGGACCCCUCCCCCUCUCACCGUCUCUAACCAACACAGCCAUCACAACACCCAGGUGGUGACGGGUCGCUGCAGGUCUGUGAGUGUGGGAGAGCAGUGGCUUCAACAGAACAGCGCCACCAACAGGCUAACCACCUUGAGAGCAGCCUCCCCGUCGGGCUCUCACUGCUCCUUCAGGAAGGGACGAGGGGAGGCUGAAACGUUUCUUGUGUAUCAUCCCAGCAGGAAGGGACGAGGGGAGGCUGAAACGUUUCUUGUGUAUCAUCCCUGUAGGAUGAGACGAGGGGAGGCUGAAACGUUUCUUGUGUUUCGUCCCUGUAGGAAGGGACGAGGGGAGGCUGAAACGUUUCUUGUGUAUCAUCCCUGUAGGAUGAGACGAGGGGAGGCUGAAACGUUUCUUGUGUUUCGUCCCUGUAGGAUGAGACGAGGGGAGGCUGAAACGUUUCUUGUGUAUCAUCCCUGUAGGAAGGGACGAGGGGAGGCUGAAACGUUUCUCGUGUAUCAUCCCAGCAGGAAGGGACGAGGGGAGGCUGAAACGUUUCUUGUGUAUCAUCCCUGUAGGAUGAGACGAGGGGAGGCUGAAACGUUUCUUGUGUUUCGUCCCUGUAGGAAGGGACGAGGGGAGGCUGAAACGUUUCUUGUGUAUCAUCCCUGUAGGAUGAGACGAGGGGAGGCUGAAACGUUUCUUGUGUUUCGUCCCUGUAGGAUGAGACGAGGGGAGGCUGAAACGUUUCUUGUGUAUCAUCCCUGUAGGAAGGGACGAGGGGAGGCUGAAACGUUUCUCGUGUAUCAUCCCAGCAGGAAGGGACGAGGGGAGGCUGAAACGUUUCUUGUGUAUCAUCCCUGUAGGAUGAGACGAGGGGAGGCUGAAACGUUUCUUGUGUUUCGUCCCUGUAGGAAGGGACGAGGGGAGGCUAAGAAGUGUCGUAAGGUGUACGGCGUGGAGCACAAGGAGCAGUGGUGCACGGCCUGCCGCUGGAAGAAAGCCUGCCAGCGCUUCACAGACUAAACGAGUGUGUGAACGAAGGAUGAUGAAAGAAAGAGAGUGAAAAAGAGACGAUCAGGAUCAGGGCCUGUAAAAGCCAUCAACAACAACAACUUCAUUUUUUUCUACCUUGUUUAUUUUCCCCUCGAGGAAUAUAGUUCUGUUUUUUUAUACGUUGACCUGAAAAGUACGUCAGUGUGCGAUGGUGGUGCUAGUAGCUAGUAGGUUAGACUGUGUUAUGUGGUAGGCCUACCAAUGUUCUUCCGUCCCAGACCUGUUUGUGCUGUGUAGCAUGGCAACAACCAUAGGAGUUAGCUAUACACAGGGAUGGGCACUGGCUAGUUGCCCUGGGUAACAUUUGGGUCCAAAGUAUGCGCCAUACAAUAUUUCUAAGAACAAACUUUGACUGGCCUGGUGUGAUCUGAAUAGUACUAGCGGGCUAGCUUCAUAUCCUACUAGUAUGGUCUGUACGGUACUAUCGGGCUAGCUUCAUAUCCUACUAGCCUGGUCUGAAUAGUACUAGCGGGCUAGCUUCAUAUCCUACUAGCCUGGUCUGAAUAGUACUAGCGGGCUAGCUUCAUAUCCUACUAGUAUGGUCUGUACGGUACUAUCGGGCUAGCUUCAUAUCCUACUAGCCUGGUCUGAAUAGUACUAGCGGGCUAGCUUCAUAUCCUACUUCCCUGGUCUGUACGGUACUAGUGGACUAGCUUCAUUUCCUACUAGCCUGGUCUGUACGGUACUAUCAGGCUAGCUUCAUAUCCUACUAGCCUAACUAACCCUUAACUGCUCUCCAUCCAGGAUUCUUCUUCUUCUAUACAGGAAACCGAUCUGUCCCCAGGUUCCUUCCACCUUCCACUGAGAGCAUCUCUACACACCUUCCACUGAGAGCAUUUCUCCUCACCUUCCCAGAGAGCAUUUCUCUUCACCUUCCACUGAGAGCAUUUCUCCUCACCUUCACUGAGAGCAUUUCUCCUCCCCUUCCACUGAGAGCAUCUCUACACACCUUCCACUGAGAGCAUUUCUCCUCACCUUCACUGAGAGCAUUUCUCCUCACCUUCCCAGAGAGCAUUUCUCCUCACCUUCCACUGAGAGCAUUUCUCCUCACCUUCACUGAGAGCAUUUCUCCUCCCCUUCCACUGAGAGCAUCUCUACACACCUUCCACUGAGAGCAUUUCUCCUCACCUUCACUGAGAGCAUUUCUCCUCCCCUUCCACUGAGAGCAUCUCUACACACCUUCCACUGAGAGCAUUUCUCCUCACCUUCACUGAGAGCAUUUCUCCUCGCCUUCCACUGAGAGCAUUUCUCCUCACCUUCACUGAGAGCAUUUCUCCUCCCCUUCCACUGAGAGCAUCUCUACACACCUUCCACUGAGAGCAUU